GCUUGCGUCGGGCGUCGCGUGAUUCAGUUUGCAUUCCAACAGCGAGCGCACGAGCCGCCGAUCAGCUGGGAGAUGUGACGUAGUCUCACUUCCGGUUUUGCUCACGCGGAAGAGAGAGGCUGACAGAGAAUGAUGCGCUGAUUCUGGUCCUCUGUCCCCACGUUUUGUUUGUAGGUAUGCCGGGCGACGUGGGCUACAGGGAGUUGGACGGCAGUCUCCCGGCCAUUGCUUCCCUUAACGCAUCAUAUUCCCAGACGUCUCUGUCUCUGCCCUCCCCUUAUUACAUCCCGCCCGGAGAGAGGAAAGCCUUCUCAGAUGUGCGCAGGACGUUUUGCCUUUUUGUUACAUUCGAUCUGCUUUUCAUCACUUUGCUCUGGAUCAUCGAAUUAAACACGAAUAAGAGUAUAUGGGACAGUCUUGAGAAUGAGGUCGUAAACUAUAACUUUCAGUCAUCUUUCUUUGAUAUCUUUGUAUUAGCUGUGUUCAGGUUUCUAUGUUUGCAGCUCGGUUAUGCCGCAUUUCGACUGAGACAUUGGUGGGUUAUUGCGAUCACUACCCUGGUCACCACCGCCUUCCUGAUUGCUAAAGUCAUCUUGUCGAAUUUGUUCAGUCAGAACGCGUUCGGAUAUGUUCUUCCCAUCACAUCAUUUGUGGUGGCGUGGUUGGAAACCUGGUUCCUGGAUUUUAAAGUUCUUACACAGGAAGCAGAGGACGAGAGAGCAUAUCUGGCGGCGGUUCAUGCCGCGUGCGAGCCGGCUCCUAUGAUCUUCCCUAGGCCUGGGUCUGAUGGACAGUUUUAUUCCCCACCUGAAUCCUUGGCAGGCUCUGACGAAGACCUCGAUGAAGAGGGGCUCGGGAGAAAAGCAGUAACAGAACAGGAGAAAGAGUUCGUAAGACAGGGACGAGAGGCCAUGGCAGUGGUUGAACAGAUACUGACACAAGAGGAAAACUGGAAGUUUGAGAAGAGUAAUGAGCUGGGAGAUGCAGUAUAUACACUGGAAAUCCCCUUCCAUGGAAAGACGUUUAUUUUAAAGGCUCUCCUGCAGUGUACGGCAGAGCUGGUGUAUCAGGAGGUCAUUCUGCAGCCAGAGAAGAUGGUGUUGUGGAACAGGACAGUAUCUGUGUGUCAGAUUCUGCAACGAGUGGAUGACAACACGUUGGUGUCGUAUGAUGUGUCUGCAGGAGCUGCCGGCGGUGUCGUGUCUCCAAGGGAUUUUAUAAAUGUUCGUCGGGUGGAGCGCAGGCGAGACUGCUACAUCUCUGCAGGAAUGGCAACCAAUCACAUCUCCAAACCACCUCACGGCCGCUACGUCAGAGGGGAGAACGGUCCUGGUGGGUUUGUGGUGUUGAAAUCCAGCAGUAAUCCCUCAGUUUGCACUUUUAUCUGGGUGCUUAAUACAGACCUCAAGGGUCGCCUGCCGCGUUACCUCAUCCACCAAUCGCUGGCUGCCACCAUGUUUGAGUUCAUGUCUCAUCUCAGACAGCGGAUAAAUGAAGUUCACGUCACCUACCGGUGAUCUCGACCUUACAUCGUGGUAACAAAUUACACUGUGCCAUAGUUUCUUCCGUAAACCACAGAUGCCACAAGGAGAUUUGAGAGACGGGAGGUUGUUGGCAUCUAUGAAACACUUGAAACUAUGAAACUGAAGAUUGUGUACAGAAGUCGAAUACUUGCUUACAGCACAUGGACCGAUCCAUGUCAAAUACUAAGUGGACUUGAAAUUUGGCUCAAAACAGGACAGCUCAUGGCAUUUAAGAGGUCAGGGUGAAAAUACUGUAAUCCAAUGUGCCUAAAACCACUGUCGCGCUCAAAGCAAACAGGACUGAAAUGGGAAGGAGGAUUAUUUUGUGAGCCAAAUAUGCUGUGAUAUCUUUUGUUUUUACUGAUGCCUUAAUCAGACAUGCAUAUACGUUAAUGCUAGUAAUAAUAAUACAUAUAUACAAUAUAUAAUAGCAUGUGUACAUGAGAGGACCUUAACUGUUGAUGUUAUCAAAACACUGAAAUCACAUCUCUAAAUGUAUACAUUUAAAUUAUCAAAUCAUUUUGUAUCGAAUCUCACAAAACCUGUUUCAAAAAUUAUAUUGGUUUACAAAAUGGCUGAUUUUGAGGUGAAUGUGACCUCUACAGUUUACCUGCUAAUGUUGAUGGGUAAAAUGGUUAUGCAAUUACAGCUUUAACCAGUACUGUGGGUCCGAAUAUCUGCACCAACCAUUUAAUAAAUGUUUUUCUCUAUGAAUAUACUGUAAUUCAUUAAAAAUAACCUGACAGGCCUUCACAUUAUACAAUUAUAUUUCAUCUUUUUCUGUUUGUUUUCUCACAGAGCAUUACUGUCAACACUUUAUUUGUUCACACAUGGCACGUUUAUACAAGAUGUAGCUUAUAUGAAACAUAAACCAGUUUAAGUUAAGUCACCAUAAAUCACUUACCGUUAAUGUGCACGUUUUUAUUUUACAUUGAUGAUGCAUUGAUUUUAUUAUAAUUUAUUAUUAUUUUGAUCAAGAGAAAUGGCGCUCUGAUGUAUUACAGGGUAUUUGGCUUGACGUACAGUAAUGUCACAUUACAAAAUGUUUGAUUGAUUGAUGAAUGAUUUGUAAACCAUUUAUUUUUGUGCCUUUGUUAUUUUUAGCCUCACUGAAAUCACAGAUUCAGGAUUUCUCGUUUUCCUUUCGUCCUUGUAUAGAUGUUUUGGAGCCUUAUAUGCUGACAUUUUAAUUUCGGAUCGACAUUUUGAAGUUCAGGUUCUGUUCUGAAUGUGUUAUUUUUAUACUUUAUUUUUUUAAGGGCCUGUAAAGUUUGUCAUGUAAUUAAUAGUUUGUUUUUUAUGAUGAAUCAACAUUUAAUAAAACUAACAAACGA